UUUGACUGUUACAGAAUUUGAACUUGUGUGCUUCCCAGGCUUUCAAGACUACAAGAUGCUUCUCUUUGUCGGCUUCCUUGUUCUGCUGUUAAUCACAUUAACUACUAACCUCUUCUUCAUUCUUUUGGUCUCACUGGACCACAGGCUGCACACCCCCAUGUAUUUUUUUCUUUGUAAUGUAUCCCUUUUAGACAUUCUGAUAGCAAUUUCAAUUACACCAAAACUUCUUGCUGUCUUUACUGGGUAUAACAAGAUUAACUUUUCCAGCUGCUUUGUGCAAUUGUAUUUUAUUAUUUCUUUUGGAGGUACAGAAAACUUCUUAUUUGCAGCGAUGGCGUAUGACCGAUAUAUUGCUGUAGUGAAACCCCUACAUUAUAAUGUGAUCAUAAAUACUAAAAAAUGUUUCCUAAUACUGGCAGUCACCUGGAUACUAGGCUUUUUGGUCCCAGCGGCUAACACCAUAUUAGCUUCAUUUCUGCCGUAUUGUGCUUCUAAUAAAAUCAUGCACUGUUACUGUGACUAUCCAGCUGUAGUUUCCCUCUCUUGUGCUGAAGUUACCACUCAAGAAGACGGAUUAUUUGGGUUAGCGCUUAUUGUUAACUACGUGCCCCUGAUUUAUGUAUUGUGGAGCUAUAUUAAAAUUCUGCUCUCUGUUCUACGGCUAAACACAAGAGAAAGUCGAACAAAAGCCUUCUCAAUGUGCUCUUCACAUAUGGUUUUGGUGUCAAUAUGCUAUGUUUUUGGUUUUAUUGUAUAUGCAGAGUUUAAAAUGGAAGGCUUCUCGUACGAAAGACGCAUUUUUGUUGGGAGCUUAACUUAUCUUCUGCUUCCAAUGGUGAACCCUCUGAUUUACAGUUUAAGAAAUGAAAAGAUAAAAGAAGCUGCUAAAAAACAUGUCAACUUUUUUGUCAUUUGUCAAAAGAUAUAGGUAAAGUCAAAGUGUCGAUCAAUAAGUCAGUUGGUUAUUAGGGAUGUAGAGAGUUCAGAGACAUGCAAUAUAAAACCCAUUUUCAAUAUUUCAGAUAAGAGUGGUGCUUUGUAGUUAUGAAUAUGACACAAUACUUAAAGGAAGGCCAAAAGCAAGUGAAGUACGCUACAUGGUUCCAGAUUUCUAAAUGUAAUCCUGCAUUCGGUGUUUCUUCUAUGGUCAUUGGUAAUCAAGCUUAUGAGUCCGAUUUAAUUGGUAAAAAACUACUACUUUUUACCAGUCCCUUUAUAUUCCCGUAUUUUAACUUCAAUCCAAAUUGCAUAGUAAUAAUUUGCAUAAGACAAUAUUUCAAUGUAUUGAGUUUUGUGAUACAAAAUGCUACCAAUACGAAAUGUGGCCUUGUAUCAUGUGUUGUAUGACAUUACCACAUAAGUGAAAUGAAACACAAAGCCAAACAAAAAUGACUUUCAUCAAAUGCAGGGAAUUUAAAGAUCAAGUUGAAAAACCAUGCACUUGUACCUUGACAAAAUCGCUAUUCAACAUCUGUUCAACGGCUCACAACAUAGACAUCACUGUAUGUGAAAGUGGGAUAGAACAACAGGUUAAAUGUCUCACUUCAACACAUCUAAUUUAGUAAGUUGCAUUUUCGAAUGAGUACAGCGAAUCACAUUAUUUUAUAGAUGCUCCACUACAUCUACAUACUUGUUUUCAAUUGAAUCGAAGCCACUAAAGC